AGUCAUUCGGUUUGGUCGGUUCAGUUUCAGUUGGAGCGUGUUUACGAACGGUUCGUUUCGUUUGACGAAAUCGCGUGUAGUGUGUCCCGUGUAUUAUUGUGUCGUGUAAACGCAUUCGCAAGUGUCGUCGCAAACGUCGCUAAUAGUAGUAUACACCUCGUGUACGGUUCGUUCUCGUUUUUUGUCAUAUUGUAAAAGCGUACGAAAUAUAUUGAAUAUAUGUAUGUAAGCGUUGCGUAUAUUGUGCAAAUAUUUGCAAGUCAAUUUGAAAACAAAAGUGCGAAUAAAUAAUUAAAUUCAUUUAAUUUGUGUUUCAAGUGUGUUAAAGUGCAAUAUUAAGUGCGCGUUUUUUUCGCUAAUACACCGCUGCCGAGCACCGAGCAGCAGCGUACCCUUGAUCGGUGCAGCAGUCAAGCGGCCGUCAGCAGCCAACAGCUAGAUUUGGUGACUUCGUGCGUCUUUUGAACGCUACACACACACGCACACACACAGUGUCGUCGUUGUACAUUUCGUGACGGUCCAGCGGCGCAGCAUUAGUACUGCUGUAAGCCAGUCGGUGAGUCAGUCUGCUAGUCAGCCAGCCGAGUAUAGGAGUUGGCAAAAUCAUAAGCAAAAAAAAAAAAAACAAUUUUUCGAUUUCGUAUCCGUUUAUAUAUUGUUGUCGGCGGCGGCGGCAUCGUCAUUACGACACACAUUUGAGCGCUGGUUGGUUUCGUUUGCGGCCGAAAAUUGUUUCGUGCGUGUCGGUGCGUUUGUGUAUUGUCAACGCCAACACCUGCAUGAAAGAACAAAAGCGACAAAAAACUUGAGAAAGGCUGCUGUUGCCGGAAAGUGAACACGCCUGUGCAUAAAACAACAAAAACAAAGCAAGAAACAAAAAUAAAAAAAUUAUUAAGUAAUCGAGACUCGAGGCAACGAAAUCGAACACUUGCUUCAAAAAUCAGACAGAAAUAAAACAAAAAAAAAAAUUGUUUCAAAACAAAAAAGUUCCGAAAAAGUAAACAAGCAAACAAUAACAAAAAUAUAUAAAGAAAAUAUAAAUAUGCUUUUGUCGUUUGUCAGUCUUCUAAAGUAAUAAAGCAAACGAAAGCAGCGGAGAGGAGAGAGCGCAGAAGAAUCAUAUAAAAAUAAAGAAGCAGACGGUAGCAAGAAAGCAAAAGUGUUAUUACGUUAAAAAUAAUAUUAUAAAAAUAACAAUAACAACAACAACAACAACAAACGUGCGUAAUAUAAGCCUCACCUCAAGACGUACAUUUAAUCAAGUCAAUAAAGCGGAAGCGCAGAUUCUGCUGUUUGUUAAUAAUAUUCAACGUGUGUUUUUGUUUGUGUUUUUGUAUAAUUUUUGUUUCGCUAUCUCACGGUUUGUUGCGUUGGCGUCGUGUUUGUCGCCAUUUCACUGCCAAUCUGUCGUCGGCCACAUUUUAUUAAAGCAUUCGUACGUGAUUCGUAUGGUGUGCCGAGCGGCUCAAAAUCAAUAGCGCGCUUUGGAAAAGCGUGAAAAUUUUCACACAAAGUAAAUGCAAGCAGAAUUGAAAAAAUAAAGCAAAAAGAUAAUUACGUGACUAAAAUAAAAGACAACGUGAUUUCAGCUAAUUUUCUCUUAUCUGCACGGCGCAUCGUCGUUUUUUCUUUUCACGCGGCAACAAGUAAUCGAUUUGAGUUCAUUAUUUUAGUCCAAUUGCGCUGAGUUUGAGGACAUUCGGAAGAAAGUAGUGAAAAGCAUUAAACGUAAAAGUGCUCAGCGGUUGGGUAACGGUUAUUCGCGAAAGUGUUGAAAAAUUAAAAAGAAAAUAUUCCUCCGCGUCCUUUCAACAACAAAAGUAGCCACAUCACUCACGCAUAGUUUUCGCUGAAUUUAUCCGCUUCACUGCCAUCUCACUCCACAGCGCUAAUAAACUCACUUCCUGAUCAUCCAUCGAAUUGCUCCUGUGUGUCUGUGACAGACAGUUCAACCACUCAACGCGAGACGAGCUUUGCAUUUGGAAUUCAACAUUUAACCAGUCGCACGCAUUCAAAUUUAUGCUGAAAAAAUGUAUUCGAACGCAGGAUAGCAGACACACCAGCCUAACAACCAACCAACAACUGCAGUAACAACUGAAAUUUCGCAUAACUGUUUUUUUUGUUUCGCCGACGCUAAAAAUACCGCACGCAUGUGGCAACAAAAUUCGACGCAACAACACCACACAAUUUGCAUUUCAGACACAAUAAUAUUUACGAUAACAACAACAAUACCGGAAGCAACAAAUUGCCACAAGCGGAAUUGAUAAGUGCACACCGGUACAUAACAACGCACCCCAAAACUCCCACCCCCCAACAACAACUACAACAACGUGCGUGUCAAAGGCAACUAUGCAUUUGAGACACCACAAUAACAACGAUGAUGAAUGUGACAAUUCAAUAUCAUCAAUAAAGGCGACAACUGCAGCUGCAACAGCAAAUUUUCUAUGCCACACACAACAACGACAGCAACAACAACAGCGAGUAAAACAGCCAGAGCAACAAAGUGCCAGUGCCAGUGGGAGCAGGCAUAAUAAGCUUAGCGGCCGUCGUUGUUACACCACAAGCGCAGCCGAGCAACGGCAAAAUGUUGCACAACAAAUACGAAAAUGGUGCGAACGACCACGAGUGUCACGAGCGGCGGCAACAACUCGUGUAGCGGCCACAUUUUUACAAAAUAGCAACUUUUUUACUUACGCUUUAGUUGUUGUUGUAUUUUUAAGCAGUUGCAAUGUGGCAAGUGUGUGUGCGAACCAUGCGCCAAUUAGUCAAAUUGUAAAUACAAAUAACAACAACACCAGUAGUAGUAACGAUCCAACUAACAGUAAUUAUGGCGAUACGGUGAAGCACCGCACAGCGGAUACCUAUCAAUAUGAUGUUAUUAACAGUAACAGCAACAGCAACAACAACAACAACAAUAAUAAUAAUAAUGAAAAUUACAACCACAACAACACGGCUGUCAACAUCAUACUAAGUGAUUAUAGUGAAGCCUUCGCCAGCCUAGUAGCCGCGGGGCCACUAACAGACGCCAACGACAGCGGCAGCAGCAACGAAGGCAGUGCGGGCGAGAGUGGUACUCUCAUUGGCGGUAAUAAUAUUACUAAAGCCUCAUUAUAUACGCAAAAUGGCGCAGCGUCUAAUGAUGAUGCGCUGCCGUUCGACCUGUCCGAUGAGCUAUUGGAUAGCCUGCGUGGCACGCACAGCUUGCCGCGGCAACCGAUGUAUACGAACGAUUUUGCGGUGCACAUACCGGCCGGCAGGCAAAUGGCCGACUUAAUUGCCAAUAAAUAUGGAUUCAUCAAUGAAGGCCAGGUUGGUUCCUUGAAAGACUAUUAUCUCUUCCAUCAUCGUCGGGUCGCCAAACGUUCAUUGCGUAUCAGUAGCGAACACCACAGCGCCUUAAAUUCCGAACCAGAGGUCCGAUGGAUGCAACAACAACAUGAAAAAUUGCGCCAAAAGCGUGAUGGUUCCUAUACCACUCUACCGGGCUACAGUCCAUAUGAUGUGAUAAGACCAGGUACUGGUUUUGUGAGCUCACCAGGUUCUCGCCUAACAUAUCACCCAACCGCGUCGGCGCGUAGUAGCUCAGCUUUGUUGUCACGCGCUCCACGCAUACAAUAUCGCGCUGCCACAUCGCAUAACAUCUUUCCGGAUCCCCUAUUCAAGGAACAGUGGUACUUGAAUGGUGGCGCCAAAGAUGGGCUCGAUAUGAAUAUAGGACCCGCCUGGCAGAAAGGCUACACCGGCAAAGGCGUUGUUGUUUCCAUACUCGACGAUGGCAUACAAACGAAUCAUCCUGACCUUGCACAAAAUUAUGACCCCGAUGCAUCUUUUGAUAUUAAUGGUAACGAUUCAGAUCCAACACCACAAGAUAACGGAGACAACAAACACGGCACCAGAUGUGCUGGCGAAGUUGCGGCUGUUGCCUUCAACAACUAUUGCGGUGUCGGUGUGGCGUACAAUGCAAGUAUUGGUGGCGUUCGCAUGUUGGAUGGCAAAGUGAAUGAUGUGGUUGAGGCGCAGGCAUUGAGCUUAAAUCCAUCACAUAUUGACAUCUACAGCGCCUCUUGGGGUCCCGAGGAUGACGGCUCGACUGUUGACGGUCCUGGGCCGUUGGCGCGGCGUGCUUUCAUCUAUGGCGUGACAAGCGGACGACAAGGCAAAGGUUCCAUAUUCGUUUGGGCAUCGGGCAAUGGUGGUCGCUAUACGGACUCGUGCAAUUGUGAUGGCUAUACAAAUUCAAUUUUCACACUGUCCAUUUCGAGUGCCACACAAGGCGGUUUCAAGCCCUGGUAUCUGGAGGAAUGCUCUUCCACACUCGCCACCACCUACAGCUCCGGCACACCUGGUCAUGAUAAGAGCGUUGCCACCGUCGAUAUGGAUGGACGUCUGAGACCCGAUCAUAUUUGCACUGUCGAACACACUGGAACAUCUGCCUCUGCGCCACUGGCUGCCGGCAUCUGCGCGCUCGCACUCGAAGCUAAUCCGAAUCUCACCUGGCGUGAUAUGCAAUAUCUCGUGGUCUAUACCUCGCGUCCCAGUCCGUUGGAGAAGGAGAGUGGUUGGAUUUUGAAUGGUGUUAAGCGGAAGUACAGUCACAAGUUUGGUUAUGGACUCAUGGAUGCAGGCGCCAUGGUUAGUUUGGCCGAGCAAUGGACUACUGUACCGCCACAGCAUAUCUGCAAAUCACGUGAAAAUAAUGAGGAUCGCAAAAUUGAGGGUUCUUACGGCUACACCUUGGCCACACACAUGGAUGUGAACGGUUGUGCGGGCACGAUCAAUGAAGUACGCUAUCUGGAGCAUGUGCAGUGUCGCAUUACUUUGCGUUUCUUCCCACGUGGCAAUCUACGCAUUCUACUUACCUCGCCAAUGGGCACGACCAGCACACUAUUAUUCGAGCGACCACGUGAUAUUGUCAAGUCAAACUUCGAUGAUUGGCCUUUCUUGAGCGUACACUUCUGGGGUGAAAAGGCAGAGGGACGCUGGACACUGCAGGUAAUAAAUGGUGGACGUCGGCGCGUCAAUCAACCAGGCAUACUCUCCAAGUGGCAACUGAUCUUCUACGGCACAGCGGUGCAACCAAUGCGCUUAAAGAGCGAUCUAAUGCAGCAGCAGAUGCGCGUUUCGGCUGGCGUUAACCCAUACACCUAUCCAACUGAAUCCGAUUUGGGUCAACCGCCUAACGAGGGUGGCUACUAUAAUGCCGAUCAGUUUGCCGGUUACCUGAACUUCCAGAAUUUAUUCACCGGCGCCGGUUCGAAUCCCGAACAAGCGGUCGCCACCGUGGAUGGCCACAAUAUACCCACACCUCAGCGUCAGAAUGUAAUGGCUGACUCCAAUAAUAAACUGGUUUUGCAUGAUUGUGAUCCCGAAUGUGAUUCGCAGGGUUGCUAUGGACGUGGCCCAACGCAAUGUGUCGCCUGCAAACACUAUCGCCUGGACAACACCUGUGUUAGCCGCUGUCCACCGCGCUCAUUCCCCAAUCAGGGUGGCGUUUGCUGGCCUUGUCAUGAGUCAUGCGAAACUUGCGCUGGCGCUGGCCAAGAUAGCUGUCUCACUUGUGCGCCAGCUCAUCUGCAUGUCGUCGAUCUGGCUGUGUGUCUGCAAGUCUGCCCCGAUGGCUACUAUGAAAAUUAUGAUAACAAAACUUGUGUACCAUGUGAAGCCAACUGCGCCUCGUGUCAAGAUCGUCCCGAUUAUUGCACCAGUUGCGAACAUCAUUUGGUUAUGCACGAGCAUAAAUGUUAUUCGGCUUGUCCACUCCACACCUAUGAAACCGAGGAUUACAAUUGCGCAUCGUGCCAUUCAUCUUGUGACACUUGCAACGGUUCCGCCGAAUCGCAAUGCAUCACCUGUCGUUCGGGUCGCUACGCCUUCGAUGGCAAAUGUUUAAACAAUUGCCCGGACGGUUACUAUGCGGACAAAAAGCGUCAGGAAUGCGUUGCCUGCCCCACCGGUUGUGCAACAUGUAGCAGCAAUGGCUAUUGCUUGACGUGCAAUGCAAAUUGGACGCGCAACAAGAAGGGCAAAUGCAUUAUUACCGGCAGUGAGAAUUGCGAUGAAUCCGAGUACUACGACAACAAUCACUGUCACCCGUGUCACUCCACAUGCGAAACCUGCGAUGGACCCACCGAAUCGAAUUGUCUCUCAUGUCCGCAAAGCCUACUUCUCCAAUCGAGUCGUUGCGUCAGCAGCUGCGACGAUGGCUUCUACAUGGAGGCGGGUGUGUGCGCCAAGUGCCUGCACACCUGUACACAAUGCGUGUCACGCAUGAAUUGCACCGCCUGCGCCAAAGGAUUGCAGCUGCAGAGCGGCGAAUGUCGCACCACCUGCGCAGAUGGCUACUACAGCGACCGUGGCACCUGCGCCAAGUGUUACCUCAGCUGUCACACCUGCAGUGGGCCUCGCCGCGACCAAUGCGUCCAAUGUCCGCUCGGUUGGCAGCUGGCUGGCGGCGAAUGUCAUCCGGAGUGCCCGGAGGGUUUCUACAAAUCCGAGUUUGGCUGUCAGAAGUGUCAUCAUUAUUGCAAAACUUGCAACGGCGCCGGUCCACUCGCCUGCACUUCCUGCCCAUUGCAUUUCAUGCUCGACGGCGGCCUCUGCAUGGAAUGCCUGGGGUCACAGUACUACGAUUCGCCCACGCAAACGUGCAAAACCUGCCAUGACUCCUGCCGUUCCUGCUCCGGUCCCGGCCAGUAUUCGUGCAAAACGUGCGCUUUCCCAUUGCAUUUGGAUCGUUUGAAUAAUCAAUGUGUGCCCUGUUGUCCCACCGAUGCGGCACCGGAGGAUCAGUCAUGCUGUCAUUGUGAUAAGGAUACCGGCGGUUGCAUCAAUGCCUCGCCGGCGGGCAAGCGUCGCACUGCCGCCGCUGCUGAACAACAACAAUUCGGCAGCGCUUACAGUGGCGGCCUCUAUGGUGGCUUUCUGGACGAGAAUGUAUCUGGCAGCUCUGGUGGUUACUUUUCUCGCAUGAGCUCACCCCUGACUGCAAUCACCGCUGUUGUUGUGGCCGUUUGCCUGGCGAUUGUCACCAUUGUUGUGGUCGUUUUUGCUGUGCUGCAGCGUUCAAGCAAUGCACGCGAUGCCAUACGCUACAACAAAAUACCAAAUAAAUCGGACAAGAAAAGCGGCGGCGGCGGCGGUGGUUCACGUAGUGCAGCCUUAGCCAAGCUACUAAAAGCAGAUACCGAUUCAAAUCUGCAUGAGAGCGCAGCCAAUGAUGAUUAUGACGACGAGGAUGAGGAUGAGGAGGAGGAGGAGGAAGAUAACGUUUUCAAUUAUAGCGACAAUGAUUGCGACGAAGUGAAUGAGCGGUCAGCAUUGGACGCAGAUGUUGCGUAUGUCAACGAACUGGACAUGCCAACGGUCGACUAUAGAAGCAAAACACUAGCAACAAUAACAACAAAAACAACACCAAAAAGAGCAACAGCGACAGCAAAGACGGUGGCUGGCAACUCAACGAUGCCACCAAUGCUAGGUGAUAUCGAUGACAUCGAAUACUAUUGUCGUGGCACAAAAGCAGUGCUGCAACAACAACAACAACAGCAGUCACUAAUAACUGGCGCAAUAGCUAAAGCACUGCCCAUCAAGGUGAGUAGCGAUAGCGUUCACGAGAUAAAUGAGCUGCAACAAAUGAUGCGUCAGGCACGCAAAUCGGGCAGCAACAACAGCAAAAACAAUAGCAACAUGCAGAGCAGCAAUAGCCUGAACCGAAAUGUGCCACCACGAUUGCCAUUUCUGAAACGCAUCGAAACGCAACAGUCAGCGACGCCAAAUGUCGCUUUGAAGAAGUCACCAGCGGCGUCGACAGCGACGGCGACGUCAACCAACAACCGUGUGCUUAGCAACAACGAAAGGACAUAGGAGUAAAGAAGCACGCCGGAGUUGAUGUGAUGCGAUGCGAUGCGAAGCGAACGGAUGAUAACAAGCAAGUAAUGAAAUUGCGUUUGUGAUUGUGUAUAAAGCGACAACAAAAACAAAAAAUAUGAAUACUGUAAAAAAUUAGUAGCUAAAAGCUUUUUAUUAGUAAAAUGAUUUAUAUCUAUAUAUAAAUUCACUAAAAUGAAAAGUAGCAGAAAUGUGAAGGUAGACUAAUGAAAACAACAACAAUUUAAGUGAAAUUAGUGCGUGCAUUAGUGUGCGCUCAGUUAUAAAUAUUAAUAUACUUAUAUAUAAAUGUAUGCUUAGGCAUAGUUGAUAACAAAGGAGAUGAAGUCGGGUUCGAUGACGAAAACGAAAAUUUUACAAAAGCCACGAUUUUGAUUUAAAAUUAUUCAACGCUGAUUUGGAAACAAAACAGUAUUGUUAUUACAAAAAAUUUCUGUUUCUGUUGGUGAUUCAGUUGCUGUUAGUGAUUCUGUUUCUGUUGGUAAUUCUGUUUCUGCUUAUACAACUGCUUCUGUUACAGAGCUUUGCAAUUUUUUGUGCAUAUAUUUUGCAUUUAGCUAACGCGCUCGAACUUGUAUACAGUGUUCUCAGAUUUUAGAAAAAUUAGGAUAACAGAAAUUACCGAAAUGAUCUUUAACAACAGAAAAAUCAAAAAAAAGUAUAUGGCUUAUUAAAUAUAAUUUAUUUCCUUGUUUUCAUUAAAAAUUCAGUUAAACAU